AGUGGCGCCGUUUACUCAUGCCUCUCUAAAUUUGAAUCAGCGAAAAUUUCACUGAUUCUCUCAGUGACUUAAAUUUUCACUGAAAAUUCAGUGACGUUCGCUGUUUCAUCAGUGAUUAAUCGCGUCUGCGCGUACACAGUGCGUCAGAAUAUGCGCAAUCUGCCACUGCAUUCUGUAGAUGAGAAAAGUGAGGUUAGCGUUAUGAUGAUUUUGGCGAUUGUGUCUGAUUUUAUUCAAAAACUUAUUGUUCUCAAAGAGAUUCUUGUUCGCACAGUUUUAUGCAAGAAAGAUUAAAAUAAUAAAAAUAAGUGACUUUGUGUAUUCAUUUACAGGUGGACUACUGUGACUAUGGAACAAGAGCAAAACAAUCAAAUUGACAAGUCAAUUAAAUAUGAUACUUUGUCCACAGCAGAAUUAGGAUGGGAAUUACUAAAAUUUAAUAUUCCAAAGGAAACGAUCGAAAUUCUUGAAGAUGAAGGGAUAGAUGGCUUGUCAUUUCUGGAACUCACUGAAGCUGAUUUAAGUUCAAUGAAAAUAAAGAUAGGUCCACGAAAAAAAAUUAUGAUGUUAAUCAGAAAACAGAAGGAAGUAGCUGAUUAUAAGGUGGUUGAAGAGUUCAUAGUUAGUGAUGAUGGGAAUUUCGUUGACAGCAAUUCGUCGCAAAGAAAAGAGAACUUGAACAUAUUAGUUGACAACAAUAAUUUACCAUCAACAAGCACCGAGAUAAAAAAAGUAUCUCAAAAUAUUUUCUCGGUAAUACUUUUUAUUAAAAAUACAUGUUUGCAGUUUACAACGUUGGUACAGCAACGAAAAACCUUUUUUAAUAAUUAACUCAAAAAUCCCCUGGAAAAAUGUCAAGAUCAAUUCCUUUUCUCAGCAAAUAUUUUUUUUCCUUCCACUAUGUUAUUCUUAACAAAUUCCAAGUACCAAUCGUUUUCGGAAAUAAGCGCUUUUAUUCAAAUAAUGCCCUUUUAUUUAAAUAAUCCCCAUUUUUGUAAUGUACUCGAAAAUCGCGUUGAAAAAUAUUAAUUUAUCAAUUCUUUUUCUUAGCAAAUAUUUUUUUUUUCAUUUCACUGUAUUAUUCUGAACAAAUUGGAA